CUCGAGUAGACAACAUGAUAUAUGCUAAUUGUUAUUAACAUAAGUCGUCAAGCAAGCCCCCAACUACCUGAGCUUAUCUUGCAUAAACACACGUACUUCAAGCGCCACUAGCCUGGGUCUUCACGCAGUGAAUGAGAAAUGCACAACGAGAGUCUCACUAUGACCUGAUAGACCUCCUACGGGUCGUCAUCGUCACGUAUCACGUCGGAGAUAGGAAAUUCGAAAGAGUUUUCAAAGAAAACUCUCGCGCAGAAAAUUAUGAACAUGUUACGAACAAAACUGCAGCUGCCGUCAAACUCGACGAUCACGUUGAAGCAGCGGCGCAGCGGUUAUCCCGACACAUUCAUUGAUUUGGAUGAUGAGUACAUAAAUGACUUCUUAUUUGACCGCCGAUUCAUUCCAGAGGGUGAUUUCGAUGCAUUCAGCGUGCAUGCAAGAAUCGUGAAGUCGGUUGAUGUGAAGCAACCUCCUGCGACAAAUGGAGCCGCGUCUUCCACCCGUGUGGUGGACGCUUUACAAGCUUCAGAGAUGAGUGUGACUGGGAAUAAACGUAAAGCCACGAACAACCAUCCUCUGAUAAACGGUAACGAGACUGCGGCACCUGAGCUAACGAUUAAGAAACGGAAGACGGAUCAACACGCAGCUAUAGUUGAUGCUCGGGGGAAGAAGGUUGUUGAUGAGCGUGCGGUAACCUUUGUGGCAAAACCAGGCACUCGCGAUCGUUCGAGAGAAAUUGCCAGCACUAGCACUGGUGCCGUGUAG